AUGGCAUCGAAGUCAACCACCCCAGCCACGCCCUACUCGCCCAAAACGCACCCCCAAAUCCCCCUCGACGCCCUCGAGGUCGGCUCCCUCUACAUCAUGAUCUCCGUCCCUCUCCCGAUCUACAUCGGCCGCCAAGAACACACCUACCCCGCCGCCCUCCCCUCCGACCCGGCCUACCCCUUCAGCACCUACGAGCUCGGCGUCUCCUCCGGCAGCUACCCCGAAGAGUUCCACUGGGACCUCUACUGGCACACCUCCGACUUCCCCUCCUCCGACCCGUCCUCCGGCAGCGGCAUCAUCUACCGCCUCCGCAGCCUGACGACCCAGCCGCCGACCUACGCCUACGACCGCGUCCCGACCCUCCGCGUCCGCACGCACGCCCAGCUCGUCGGCCUCGUCCGCGUCGUCAGCGUGCCCCGCGCGUUCAUCCAGCACAUGACGCGCUACCUCGACUGGAUGACGGCCGAGUCCGCCCGCGUCGCGGAGCGCAGCUUCGUCUGGGCCGUCAUGGCCUACUACCGCGCCCGCGCCCACCUGGCCAAGGGCAGCGGCGUGCGCGACCACACGUUUCACAAGUUCGACAUCUCGCGGUUCACGGCCGAGGUGCUCUCGUUCGCGUACGCCGAGGUCCCGCGGGUGCUGGGCGGGGACGUUGGUCCGAAGAAGGUCGUCGCUGCGUGGUUGGGCAUCAUGGUUGGGUUUCUCGAGGACGAGGAUGUGGAUGCGACGAGGAGGAGGAGGGAUGAGCUUGUGAGGAGGCAGAGGGAGGAGGUCGGGGCCGUGUCGGCGUGCUGGUACCGCUGA